CUGUUCUUGUUUGACAAUUCUUUUUCCUCACUGAGUUUCCCUCUAAUUCUCCGCAUCACUCUUCGAAAACCCUAAUCUGACGAGGGAUCUAGAAGAGUGCGUGAUCCCAAAAGUGCGAUUUUUUUUUUCAGGUUUUCUUUUUGAAGUUUUAAGCUUUAUAGGUUUUGUUUGUCAAAAUCGGUUCUUGUUGUUAGUCUCUCUUCCUGUUUGAAUCUGUAUACGGAGAAAAUAAGAGGGAACAAAAAGGGUAACAAGAGUAUCUGCAAUGAUGGUUUCUCUGUGCAAUGCGUUUGAUUUGGGUUUGAGUAUCUCUGAUCUUUGAUGCGGCUUGUGUUAGAAGCUGGUCGUAGCUAGGUUAAAAGAAGAAGAAGGUGGAUUUGGGAUUUUUCCUGGAUCUUCUGUAGCUGGGAUUUUGGUUUGGAGAAUUUCAUUCUCCGUUUGAAAACAAAAUCCGAGUCGAGGAAAUUUGAUUUCCAACUAUGGAAGGCAAUUAUGGACACUACACUGAUCGGACGAGAGUGUUGAAUAUCAAACCAUUGCGUACUCUAAAACCUGUCUUCCCCAGCGGAAAUCAAGCUCCACCUUUUGUGUGCGCACCUCCUUUCGGGCCUUUCCCUCCUGGAUUCUCACCAUUCUAUCCGUUUACCUCGUCGUCUCAAGCGAAUCAACACACACAAGAUCUCAGUCAAGCCCAGAACCCACCUCUACGUCAGCCUCAGAACCCACCUAAACAUCAGCCUCAGAACCCAACGCAACACCAGUCUCAAAAUCCAUCUGAACCUUCUUCGUUGGUUACUCCGGAGAGGUCAUUCAGAUCUCCUGAUACGUCUAAUGGUGACAUGGAACUUGAGGGGUCAACUGUGAAAAGAAAGAUUCCUAGAAGGCGAACUCGAAUUGCACUGCCUAAAGGUGGGAAUUUUGAGAGUGGGAUCACCGUGGCUGAGAGGGAGAAUGGCAAUAGGGAGUUGGUGAUGAAUGUUCUUAUGCGGUUUGAUGCGCUAAGAAGAAGGUUUUCACAGCUGGAGGAUGCAAAGGAAGCAAGUAGCGGGAUCAUCAAACGCCCUGAUUUGAAAGCAGGAUCUAUUUGUAUGAGCAGAGGUGUCCGUACAAACACCAAGAAAAGAACCUGUGUUGUUCCUGGUGUUGAGAUUGGGGAUAUUUUCUUCUUCAGGUUUGAGAUGUGUUUGGUGGGGUUACAUUCUCCAUCGAUGGCUGGUAUUGACUAUUUGGUUGUCAACGGAGAAACAGAAGAAGAGCCUAUCGCCACUAGCAUUGUCUCUUCGGGAUAUCAUGAUAACGACAAAGCUAAUCCUGAUGUUUUAAUUUACACUGGUCAGGGUGGUAACGCCGAUAAAGACAAGGAAGCAUCUGACCAAAAGCUCGAAAGGGGUAAUCUUGCGCUGGAGAAGAGCUUGCGUAGGAAUAGUGCAGUUAGGGUAAUAAGAGGCUUCAAAGAGGUUUCUCAUAGUGUUAAGAUCUAUAUCUAUGAUGGGCUCUAUGAGAUCAAGGAGUCAUGGGUAGAGAAAGGAAAAUCUGGACACAACACCUUCAAGUAUAAACUAGUGAGAGCUCCUGGUCAACCUCCUGCAUUUGCUACAUGGACUGCGAUCCAGAAGUGGAAAGCGGAUGUGCCUUCAAGGGAAGGACUCAUUCUUCCUGAUAUCACUUCCGGGGUUGAAAGCAUGGCUGUUUCACUUGUGAACCAAGUUGAUACCGAGAACGGGCCUUCUUAUUUCACCUACUCCACUACGGUGAAAUAUUCAGAGUCGUUUAGGCUGACUCAGCCUUCUUUUGGAUGCGAUUGUGGCAACUCAUGCAAACCGGGGAACUUGAACUGUCACUGCAUAAGGAAAAAUGGAGGCGAUUUCCCCUACACCAGUAAUGGAGUUCUAGUUAGCCGCAAGCCUAUGAUAUAUGAAUGCAGCCCAUCUUGCCCGUGCCUGGCUUGCAAAAACAAGGUUACUCGGAUGGGACUUAAAGUGAGGCUGGAAGUUUUCAAGACAGUGAAUAGAGGAUGGGGCCUGCGCUCGUGGGAUCCUAUUCGUGCUGGGACGUUUAUAUGUAUUUAUGCAGGUGAGGCCAAAGACAAGUCGAAGGUGCAGCACACUAUGGCUAAUGAUGAUUAUACUUUUGAUACAACCCGUAUCUACACCCCUUUUAAAUGGAACUAUGAGCCUGGCUUAGCAGACGAAGUUGCUUCUGAGGAGAUGUCUGAAGAACCUGAAAUCCCGCUUCCUCUGAUAAUCAGUGCUAAGAAUGUUGGAAACGUUGCCCGUUUCAUGAAUCACAGUUGCUCCCCUAACGUUUUCUGGCAGCCGGUUUCUUAUGAAAAUAACAGUCAACUCUUCUUGCAUGUGGCCUUCUUUGCCAUUUCUCACAUCCCUCCAAUGACUGAGUUAACAUACGACUAUGGAGUUUCUCGACCAAGCGGAACUGAAAAUGGCAAUCCUUUAUAUGGCAGAAAGAGGUGCUUCUGCGGAUCAGAGUAUUGCCGUGGUUCAUUUGGUUGAUGAUAAUUUGAAAAACGUAUCUCUAGAAACUCGUUAUGUAAUCUUAUUUGCUUUCAGAUUUUUUUUAGGGCGAAUCUCUAGAAAUACUUAGCCUCUGUUUGGUUAAAAAGAUUAGAUGACUAUGAUUAACGUUACAAGUCAGUUUAACA